AGCUUUUCUGAAGGCGUUGCAAUAAAGACAAGUUCUUUGACUCGAUCCUUUGAUCAUCUCCUGUCUGUUGUGAGUCUGUCUUUGUUGACCGCCUCUUUUCCAGCCAUGCUAUUUUCGUGAACAACCCAAGGCAAACGUUGUGCAAGUGCAAAGCACCACGAAGCUCUUCUCUGCCAACUCUUGCCCUGUUGAACCUUUUUGAGAACGAAAUUACGGACCUGCCUCGCGAGUUCUUAAUCGAGUACCUACUAACCCGGGCUUGUUACCGAUAAUGGCGGCUAUUCACCAGACCAUCGCGAUCGUCGAUAAGUCGAACAAGGUUGUCAGUACAUCCAAACAGUUGAAGAAUGUCUUCAAGGAAGCGAAACUUGCUUAUCUCGAGCGCAAGGCCGAGAUAGUGGCAGAAAGGAGGUUAAAAGAAGACAAAGAACUGAGAAAGGCAAUGAAGGCUGUGGCAUUGGCUGAGGAUGACGCUCGAUCGCAAACCUCUCGAAGGCCAGGAAGACACCACUCUCAUGGAAGAGACCACGGUCAAGAUCGACGGCGCCCGUCAGCAGGCGGCCAGUAUCACUCUUCCGAGUCGGUAAGAAGGGAGAGUCACGCCCGCAGGCCUUUGGUCCAAGAAGAAUCAGAAGACUUUGCUGUUGGCCCGCCUGGACAUCCCGGUCUUGCACAAUUCAAUGAAGAGCUGUAUGGUUCCCACCGCUCGGCGCCAACCUCCCCAGUCAACCACUAUGGACACCACGAGCUCGUCCGUCGAACAACUGAUCUUCCUUUGGAACACACCCGCUUACACCGACCACCACCAGUGCGGUCCCACUCAACGUCAGAAGUAGACGAUCACAUUGACAUGGAUCUAGCAUACGGAGAAUUCCACCCGGAAACCCUCAUGCUUGAUCCAAAGGUAGAGCAGCAACUCCAAAAGCAAGAAAUGUCGAGCCUGGUUUUGAAAUGCAAGCUACUGAUGGAUGAGGCCGAUUGCGCACAGCACAGUAUUAGGGCGACUAUUGCCCAUCUACAGAAGAACCCCGACGCUAUGGCAGCUAUAGCUUUGACUUUGGCGGAAAUCAGCAAUCUGGCCACAAAAAUGGCACCCGGCGCGCUCGCAGCUUUUAAGACCGGAGCACCAGCUGUAUUUGCCAUACUCGCAGCUCCAGAGUUUCUCAUUGCUGUGGGUGUGGGUGUUGGAAUCACGGUGGUCAUGUUCGGUGGUUACAAGAUCAUCAAAAAGAUCAAAGCCAGGUCCAACCAGAAGGAAGACCUGGCUGUGGACGAGAUGAUCGAUGUCCACGAACUUGACCGGAUUGAACAUUGGAGAGGUGGAAUUUCUGACGUUGACAGUGCGAGUGUGGCCACGAGCGUGGAGGGAGAGUUCAUCACUCCGAUGGCAGCCGUGAGGAAAGGCCAUCUGCCUCUCCCCAGAGAUCGCAUCGAAGAGAGUCAUAGGAGUUCUUCGAGAGAGGAGAAGAGCAGAAGGGGCCAGAGGCUGAUCGAGGAUGAUACCGAUCGUACUCUCGUGGGAAGUGAAGGGUCAACCAAGCCGUGGAAGCAUAAAUCGGCGAAACGGGAAAAGGUCACGGUCAAGGUUAAGAAGCCCAGUCCGCUGCGGAGGAUCUUUGCCAGCAGGGACUCGGAGACGUCGUCAAGGAGAUGAUCCGAAGUGGACGUAGGGGUAUUUGUGAGCGAUGAGCCUUAAUCUGCCUUCACACAGGAGCUACCGUAUAUAUGAGAAUGUUUGCUACGAGUCACGAUUUAAUGAAAGCUAUGAAAUAGUCAUGAUCGCAAUUGUAUAUAUGUUGAACGGUCAAUGAAA